AUGAAAAGGAGGAAAACGCUCGCGGCCACAGCGAUAGUGCUCGUCCAAGCCAUUACACAACAGUGGGCGUCUCUCUGUUUGAAGAGGACUCCCCCAGUUGUGAAGAUCCUAAACGAACCUCUGUGCACCGGACAAAGCAAAGCAGUCCCCCCCUGCUUCGUAUUGGCGGCGACCCAUGGGAGGCAACGCAAGCACGCUCUAAACGAGCACAGAAGUAAAAUUAAGGAUGUAAUUAGGCAGUCGGUGAAUCUGCCCGUGCAGCUCCUGCCCACCACGUACGCCAGCUUCGACAGGCAGAAACACAUUCAGGACCUCUGGAACAGAGAGCGGGUGUACGAAAGACGCAACUUCGCCAAUGUGAAGAAGUGCCUGCGCGAUGGAAGGAAGAAGGGCAGAGAGUCUCCCCUUGGAGAGGGAGAAAACGGGUUCAGCAGAGGCGGACCGCUCACAGGGGGAGAGAAACCCCUGAUGGAGAGGAAAAAGGUCCUCACAAAUUUGAAAUGGGCAGAAGUAGUUGACAGUAUCUCCAACAAGGGGAGGCACAGAAGGGGUCAUAAUGUAAACCAAUUUGGAAAGUCCAUCGAAAAUUUAAAAAAAAAAAAAAAAAAAAAAAAAAAAAAAAAAAAGCUACUUCAUUUUUAUAGGAAGGUGCAGGAGAAGAUACGAAUCAUCCACGACGGACCACCCUAUGCGAACAAUGACAUUCACAUUGGGCAUAUACUAAACAAAAUUGUAAAAGACAUACACUUAAAAUAUAUGUUAAUGAGGAAUUACUGCGUGAUGUUGAUUCAUGGGUUUGAUACGCAUGGGCUGCCCAUCGAGUACCAGGUGAUGAACAUGCUUAAGAUUAAGAACGUUCAGGAGCUGAGUCUGCCCGACUGUCCAGCAGUGAGUGCAGCAGUGAGUGGCAACCGCUCCCGAGUUUUUACGCUCCGUCAGGGGAAGACACCAUCGGGGGGAAAAACUGGGGGGCAUUUCCCUACCAGGAGGGAGAAGCGCCCACAUCGGGUGGGCGAUGCUCGUGCCACCCUCGUGCGCGACCUGCUGCGCCGGGAGGACGUCCCCCUUGUGAGCCCCAGCCGAGCGGAGAAAAAAAUCAGGUACUUUAAAAGCCUGUGCAAGGCGUACGCCGCCCACUUCGUGAACGAGCAGUUCGUUUCCCUCGUCUCCUACGGCAUAUGGGGCCUGUGGGACUACACCUACGUCACGUUUUAUGGCCUCUAUGAGGAUAUCCAGCGGGCCGUCUUCCGGAGCCUCCUCGAGCAGAACCUCCUCUACGUGAGCAACCGACCCAUCUACCACAGCUACGCGACGCAGACGGUGCUGUCGGACAGCGAAAUUAUUUACAAAAAGAGGAUCAGCAAUUCGUUUUACUUCUUCUUCGACUUGCACAGAGUGAGUGACCGCUUCGCUUUGAAAAUGCUGGGGGCCAGUGCGGAGAGCGAGCUGGUUAGGAAUAUGCUUCAAGUGGCACAAAGCGAAGUGGAUUGCCCCGCCAGCGGACCCCCCAGUGAGGCAGCGCCGGCGAAGCUGCUGGGCCGAGCCAAGGAAAUGCUGCAGAAGAAGCUGAAGGUGCUCGUGUUCACCACCCAAAUGCACACCAUCUUUAAUAACAAGUGUUUGCUCAUUCAUGGAGAGUAUGGGUACCAAAUUGUGAAGGUGGCAUUUGAAAAGGAGGAGGAGGAUCCCCUCUUCCUCCUCAUCUGCGAAAGGUCACUGGAGACGUUCCUAAAUUAUUUAAAAAAAUAUUAUUCCAAGGAGAACCCAAUUUUGGAGGUGACAAAGGUUGUAAAAAUAAAAGGGAAGGAACUGGAGGGCUGCUCCUACGUUAACUUCGUCAACCAGGUGGAAAGUCCUUUUGUUUUUGUGUGGAAAAACGAAAUUGAUGAGUCGUUCGGCUCGGGCAUCGUGCACGUGGCCCCUGCUCACGGCUUUGCAGACUAUAACGUGUACCGCCAGAAUGAGCAGCUCCGGAAGGUGCGCCUCGGCGGGGAGCACUACCAGGGGGGGGAGCGGCAAAGGGGGGAGGAAGUGAGCGGCCUCGCGAAGGUGGGGCAAAUUGGCAAGGUUUCCCCCCUGGUAGAGGCUGGCCACGUGGGGGAAGCCCCCCCCCUGGACGAGAACGUGAUCGACGAGAACGACGACCUGAAGGAGGAGUACGCGAAGGUGGUCCGGGAGAACUGCUUGAAGAACGCGGCGCUGAUGAGGCGGGAUGCGCUGUCGGGCGGGGGAGAGCGGAGGCGGCUGCUCAUCAAGCUGCUCAAGAGCAAGCUGCUAAACAGCACUCCGCUGAAGAGCACCCCGCUGAAGAGCACUCAGCUGAACAGCACUCAGCUGAACAGCGGUUGGGGUUCGCCCCCCAAAAUCAACAUAAACCGGGAGGACGCCCACCUGCUGCUCUACUACGCCUUCCACGAGCAUCUCCUGUUUCACUUCCCCUACGAGCACCUGUAUACCUACGACUGGCGAUCCCACACGAGCGUCCAGAUCAAGUCGCUCCUCCAGAUGUACGUGGACAUCGAAAAGGUAAAACAGAACAAGUUGUUUUAUGAAAGCAUUCGGGGGAUAAACUUUGUGAGUGACCACGUGAAGGACACUUUAAUAAAAACCAUUGAGAGUCGAAAUGAGUGGUGCAUAAGCAGGCAGAAGUACUGGGGGGUGAAUAUCCCUCUGAAGGAUUUACUUAUAGGUGGGGACUGCAAGGUGAGCUUCCGCCAGCAGAUCAUGGACGUUUGGUUUGACUCCUCCGUUUCGUUUCUCUACGUUAUGCACAUGUGCAGGCACAUCCUCUUUAAUGAGUACUUUAGAAGGGUGGUCUCUCCUCGCAGGGGGAAAAAGAGCCCCGUUCCUUUGCUAGGAAGAACCACCAGCGGGGAGGACCCCCCCUUCUUUGACAUACACGAGGUGUAUGAGCAGCUGGAGAGGGGGGAGCAGCUGGAGAGGGCGAACCAAAGGGGAGUGGAAAAAGGAGACCUCCUCAACGAUGUGAUGACGAAGAGGAAGCUAUUCGACGCGGAUGAAAUGUACCGACGGUUGAUGAGGCGACUCAAAAGGCAGAAGAACCCCUUUCAGGUGGGAAGCGUUAGAGAGCUCCUCCAUCCGAAUGGAAAGCAGAAGAGGGGGGACGCCUUCCUGCUGAGGGAUAUGGGCAUACACCUGUGCUGCGAGGGGGUGGACCAGAUAAGGGGCUGGUUCCAGUCCUUUUUCUUCAUUUGCUUCUUCGUGAAUGGCGUCCUCAGGAGGGGUGCGGUGAACCAGGAAGAGGAGUCAACGGGGGGGCAAAGCGUAGCGAAAAACACACAGUCUAAUGUAGGGAAAAACGUAGGGCAAAAUGUAGCGCAAAAUGUAGGGAAAAACGUAAAGACUAACGUAGCGCAAAAUGUAGGGCAAAGCGUAGCGAAAAACACACAGCCUAAUGUAGAGACCGACGCGGGGCGCGCCCUCCCCAUCAGCAACAUCAUCGUGCACAACUACGUCGUGGAUGGGAACAACGUGAAGAUGAGCAAAAGCCUGAACAACGUGGUCUCCCCCCGCAGUUUGUUCCCCCUGAGGGGGCGCAGCAGCAGUGGCGCGGCUCCCAGGGGAGGAGCUUCCACCGAAGGGGGGACCACACCAGGGGGAAUCACAACAGGGAAAACCCUACCAAAAAAGGAAAACACCAAAGGAGACCCCCCCCCCGGGGAAAGACACUUCAACGCGGACAUCGUGCGGCUGUGGGUUUGCUCCCACAACUUCGUCCAGAGGAACGUCUCCAUAAGUCGCGAAAUUCUGGAGGACAUACACAAAAAUAUUUUCCUAAAAUUUUAUAACACAUUCAAGUUCCUUCUGAAUAAUCUGCACGAUUUGGACUUUGCUGAUGUGAAGGUAAUGGGGGAAGAAGAAGAAGACCUCCAACUGAUGGACCGUUACAUACUAUCAAAGGAGAAGAACCUAAUUAGGAGCUGCCUGGAGGCCUACGCAACCUUUCAGUUGCAGCUGCUUAUGAAGCAUGUGCUCAAUUUUGUUAAUCGCGAUUUGGCUAUAUAUCUCGACUACUGUAAGGACAGACUGUACGUGCACGAGAGGAACUCCCUGAGCAGGAGGAACUGCCAGAAGGUUCUUCACAUCUUGUUGGUCGAUUUGCUGAAGGUACUCGCCCCAGUUGUCCCCCACUUGUGUGAGGAUGUGUAUGGUCAACUGAUAUCCCUAAAGCGGAGGACUCAAACGUUGCCCUUUCAAAAAAGGAAAACACUCAAAGAGAAGUCGCUCUUCUUUUCCCAAAUGCCAACCGUUAAGAGGAGAAGAGACGUCCACCUGGAAACCCUUUUUUUGUUAAAAUAUUUUGCACAUAAACAGAUGAAUGGGCAUCUCUCUAACUCGCUGGAGGCAGUGGUUUACCUCCAUUCAGAUAGCGAAGAGGUAAUCACUCUGGUAAAGCGUUUUUUGAAAGCGCCCAACCCGCUGACUAGCUUUAACAAUCAUGAUGACCUUCGCUUUCUCUUUAACGUCUCCAACGUGAUCCUAUGUGAAGACCUAACGGAGCUGAAGAAGAGGGACCCUGCCUUCCGCACCUACACAAUUCCUCUUGUUCGUGGUGGGGAGGGGGCUCCGCAAGAGUCUGGAGAGGUGGACCUGCUGUUGCGGGGCGGCCAGACUGAGGAGGACCCCUUCCAGGCCUGGCUCCGCGCGGACGGCGCCUCCAGGCGGGCCUCCGUCAGCGUGGGCAUAGCCAAAUCCGCCGGGGCCAAGUGCGCCAGGUGCGUUUUCCCGCCUCGAGGUGGCAAUGCGAGCGGCUAA